UGUUAAAGAAGUUGUAUGUGGUUUCUGGUAUCUCUUGCUCUCCACUGUUCAGCAUGGAAAACCCUGCUUGCCAGGAAUUUGCCUUGAAGAGCCCCAGAGGACAGGCAGCAGGCAGAAGGAUGUGCGUGUGGUUGUGUUAGGCUCAGCUCAGAGGACAAGGCAAUGGUGGGCUAAGCCUCAGCCUGGAAGAAGGAAGCACCUCCAUGUGUCAACUAGGCAUUGCAGUGUAAUUUUCCAGGUCAGACGAUUAAAACAAGACAAUGGAUUGGGGAGCUCUGCAUACCAUUUUAGGAGGUGUGAAUAAACACUCCACCAGCAUUGGGAAGAUAUGGCUCACAGUCCUGUUCAUCUUCCGUAUCAUGAUCCUGGUUGUGGCUGCAGAGAGAGUCUGGGGAGACGAACAAGAUGACUUUAUCUGCAACACUCUGCAACCUGGUUGCAAGAAUGUUUGCUAUGAUCACUUUUUCCCCAUCUCUCACAUCAGACUCUGGGCCCUGCAAUUGAUUUUUGUUUCCACACCUGCGUUGCUGGUGGCCAUGCAUGUAGCUUACAGGAGGCAUGAGAAGAAAAGGCAGUUCAGAAAGGGAGACCAGAAAUGUGAAUACAAGGACAUUGAAGAAAUCAGAAAACAGAGGUUUCGUAUUGAGGGUUCCUUGUGGUGGACAUACACUAGCAGCAUCUUCUUCAGACUGGUCUUUGAAGCUGUCUUCAUGUAUGCAUUUUAUUUCAUGUACGAUGGGUUCCGAAUGCCUCGUUUAAUGAAGUGUAAUGCUUGGCCCUGCCCCAACACAGUAGACUGCUUUGUUUCUCGACCUACUGAAAAGACAGUGUUUACUAUUUUCAUGAUUGCUGUGUCCAGUAUUUGUAUUCUUUUAAAUGUGGCUGAAUUAUGUUACUUACUGACAAAAUUUUUCCUCAGAAGGUCUAAAAAAGCUGGAAGUCCAAAACAUCACCCUAAUCAUGAGAAUAAGGAAGAAACCAAACAAAAUGAAAUGAAUGAGUUAAUAUCUGAUAGCUGUCAGAACACAGUUAUAGGAUUUUCAAGUAGCUAAGAUGGUGUCAAUGCUGGUGUUCACUCUUUUUGGGGUGAAUGUCCUUUGUUUAAAGGCUGCAAAUGAAAUCUGUUAUAUGAGACAAGUUGAGUGAGACUUUGAUACGUAGUGUCAGGUGUCAAUUAUGCACAUGUCUUGGAAAAAAAGUCAGGGCAGCCUAAAUGUGAAAAUUGUGUGAGGAUUAAAUAGGAAAGUGUAUCUUCCUGUGAGUACCCUUACAAGUUAACUAUGACAAGUGGGAAACCCACUAAUUACCUUCAUGCUACACAGCUUCUGAAAACUACAUGCAACAGCAAUAAGAACAAAAAUCUUUUUCAAGCUAGAUACUCUAGUAUUACGAUAUGUUUUGUAAUAGUGAUAGUUUUUACUUGUGAACUGACAAAAUAUUUUUCUAAAAUCUAAGAUUCCAUGUUAAUUAAGGUAUUAAUAGCACACAACUGACUGUAUCUUGUUUCUUAACCAGGCAUAUGCAGGUGAACCCUGUAAUACCAUAUUCAUAGGGAGGAGGCAGCUAUAGGCUACUUCUUUACAGCUUUUGCAAGUGCUGCUUGAGUCUGGACAGGUAGCUUGAGCCUGUUGCAUACACAGUGCUGGCUGUAGGGGAAGUUGUGUGAAAGCCCACCACGUGGCAGUGUGGAUGAUUGAGGUAGCUAGGUCCUGAGUACAAACUUGUGCUUAAAACCAGCAUGACAGUAUAGAUACAGCCUAAUUAGACUUGCUUUAAACGUCUAGCAGACCUGGUAAUCUUACCAAUCUUCUAAUUGCAUAUUAUCAGUUUUAUAGCAACAGACCUAACUGUGUAAAUGUUUAUUAUUUCUCUAAUGUAUUAGCUGUAUUUGUUUAUGGUUUUGAUUUGUUUGCUUUUUUUGUGGUAGACUGUUAUGAAACUAGGGGCUCUUUGGUUUGAAGGACAUGGAAAAAGUAUCACUGGAAAUGGAACAAGUCUUCUGAAUAAAAGGCAAACACUUUAACCUUUCUUAAUGAA